AUGGACGAGGCCACAAUAAAGAUUAUCGGGGAGAAUCCUAUAGGGAAUGGCCUCAAUGCCUUUCGCAACGAAUUUGCGUCAGUUUGUGACUCCACGGGCCUCGCGUCUUUGCCAGACGCAUUUGAUCGGCUUGAGCAAAGCCGCCAUCGAAGCAUCGCCUUUGACUUGCACAUGACGCUGGCGAGACUCCGAGCGGCACAACUACUUCCCAAUGGCGACAGGUCGCUGCUUGAGGAGUUAUUUCGAUAUGUUCUCAUCGUGAACUCAGACGACUUCGAUCUCAGCCGCAUCAAGCCGCUUCUGAAGGCAAUUCUCGUCAACUCCGACGAUGUUGCCGUCUGGACCCAAGUCUACAAUGUCUUCUCAGAAGCAACGCCUCUUCCGCCGCUCACUCCACCAUCCAUAUCAUCCGUGCCACGAAGAGCCACAACACCUAUGGCGGCUACGACGGCUGUAACACCUACGAGAGUUACGGUAGCUGCGAGCGAUACGGUAGCUACGUCAGCUGCAACAAGCACACCAUCUGUACCCGGAAUUCCUUGGACCCGAAAUACAACUAGCAUCUUGAACUCGUCGGAGCAUUGUCGUGAAAUCGACCCGAUCCUCAAGAGGGAACUAGGCAAUCCUCGCGUUGGCAUUCGCAGAUUUCGAGAAUCAUUCUUCGCGCGCGUGCCGAACCUCGAAACAGCUGCAGCUGCCGUCUUCGAUAAGUGUUGCAGAGGCGAAGAGCCGCUAUUUGGACCAGACGGAUGGGCUGCAUGGCCGGCAGAUGCAAAAGAAGCGGAAGUGCUUGCCUGGUUCGGUAACAUGAUCACGAAGCUGGAGGAACUUGCGGCAGACUACAGGCCUGCAAACAUGGCAAACCGACGGAAACUGCUCGCGCAACCAAAGACACCUCUGAUAGGGUCCACAGGCAGACGCAGCAUGGACAUCGGCUUCGUAAACGACGACUUCGUGUUUCGACCCGCAAUGGGGAGGGCUGGCAGGUAUCGCUGGUCGCACAUCCUAGUGCCAGGCGAACUGAAGAGCAACCCGGCUGCCGAUGCACCACCGCUAGCAUGGAUCGAUCUCGCGACAUAUGCGAGAGAAGUGCUCUCGGCCCAGGACAACCGCCGCUUCGUCUUGGCUUUGACACUCUGUGGAUCCAACUUGAGACUUUGGGAAUACGACCGUCUAGGUGGAAUGGCGUCCGAGCAGUUCAACAUCAACGAAUCAAGAGGCGGCCUAGAGUUUGUGGCCACCAUGCUUGGGUUUCUCUGGAUGGACGAGGAAGGGCUGGGGUUUGAUCCGUCUAUCAUGGAAUCUCAAGGCAAAAGGUUCAUCGAGAUUGAGCGGGAUGGCAAGCCAGAGCGUCUCAUAAUUGAUGAGGUCAUCACGCGCCCUCGAUGCAUCGCCAGCAGAGCGACGACCUGCUGGAAGGCUCAUCGUGAAGAUGACCCUCUGAAGGCACCACUUGUCAUCAAGGACUCAUGGCAAUAUCCAGAACGAGACGAGGAAGGUCUGCUUGUUAAAGAAGCGACGGAGAAGGGAGUGAUCAAUAUGGCCCGAUACUAUCAUCAUGAGACUGUACGCAUUGGUGGAGUCGAAGAUGAGGUUCGUAUCCUGAUAAGAAAAGGGCUGGACAGUACGACGGUUAUAGCCAAUACAGCACCUACUACAACUGGUACCAAGGCUACAGCAGAGACAGCGGCGACAGAAAAUAUGACGACUACUCCAGAGAUGACGACUGCUCCAGCUGGAUUCAAGAUAGCUGAUACUGCAGCUGUCACAUUUACCAGCGCCAUGUCGGCGAUAACAGCCACGGCAAGGAGGAGGUCUACCAGUUCCUCAGCAUCCUCAACUGCUACAGUCGCAGCGGCGGCUGGCAGUUCCGGCCGACGGCGAGGACACUCCGUGGCCUCUCAGAGCAGGAAGGCGACAAGAGUCAUGCAACUCCGGGAGAGCAGCAGCAGGAGCAGUAACAGUAUUCAAUGUGGCGGCAACAAUGACAAUCGUCCCAACAAUGGUAGCAGCAGCAGCGUUGCUGGCACCAAGCGACGACAAAGCGAAGCGAAUUUGGACAACAAUGACGACGACGACGACGACGACCAUGGCCACAAUGGUGCCGCUGAUGCCAGAGGGCGAGUUAAACGGUCCCGUUCAGAAUCAGCUGGAUCGGGCGGCGCCACACCGUUAACCAAUCGAGUCCAUCGAAGGGUCGUGCUUCAAGACUAUGGAAAGCCAAUAUAUACGGCCAGCUCCCCGACAGCGCUGCUGGCGGCGCUGGAGAGCUGCAUUCGAGGCCAUGAGUCGCUGAGGCGACAAGCCGGCCUACUCCACAGAGAUAUCUCCAUCAACAAUGUUGUGAUUGACGAAGACGGCCCUGGUGAUCGGAAGGGAUUCCUGAUAGAUCUUGAUCUUGCUAUAAAGGAGCAACGAAUCAAGGCCUCAGGGACCAAGGGCAAGACGGGGACGAGAGCCUUUAUGGCUAUCGGCGUUUUGAUGGGCAGGCAACACUCAUUCAUGCACGAUCUUGAGUCUUUCUUCUGGGUUCUGUUCUGGAUAUGCGUCCAUUACGAUGGACCGGACAAGGCCCGCAAAUCGGACUUUGACGAGUGGAACUUUAUGCGAGAUCGCAACCUAGCAGGAGCGAAAUUGGCCAUCAUCUACGACUUUGAAUCGUUCCGUGAUGAGGCGGAAUCGAGCUUUACACCAUUUUACGCGCCGUUGAUCCCGCUGAUGGAUCGAUUGCGAGCUGUUGUGUUUCCAAACGGACAACCGCAGAGGCAACCGGACGAAGGGUUAUAUUCAGCGAUGAGCAAUGUUUUGCUACAGGGCCUAGAGUGA